AUGGCUUCCUUGCUUCGACGACCAGGCAAUCUGGCCCGGUACUCGAGGAGAGUAGCCGACAGCGUCUUCCGCGCCGGGCCGCUCACCGUGCAUGCCCCCCAAUCCCGAGUCUCGGCCCUGAUCCUCGCGCAGCGAGCGCGCACAUACACCACGCAACAACCCGGCGACAACGGUCCGAAGCCGCCAGCCAACGGGAAUGGCCAGAACAAGAAGACGGAAGGCACAGAUGGUCAAUCUGGCAAUGCCAAGGCGAAGAACACCCCCCAGCACGCUAUCACACCCGAAGACGAGCAGCUGCUCAAUCUGUUCGUCGAGGAGAUGAAGACACGGAUGGACUUCGAGCCUGCCAAAUCAAUGGUGGAGGAAAUGCGACAAAAGUGCAUGGUCUGCGGCUUAAAUCCAGACAUGAGGUCUUACAUGGAACAGGUUGUCCAAGGGAAGACUCCGUCGAUGAUGAAAUUCAUCAAAUUCGCCAGGGAUGUGAGCAACAUCUAUGAUAUGCAUGCGGAAUAUGAACAUCUGGAAAAUCUAAAGAAAAAAAUGGCAGAAAAGCGGGCGAAAUCUGGGAAAGUUUCCGGGCAGAAAAAUGAUAAAGGACAGCAACCCAAUGGCGAACCACCGAAGUUCAGCGAGAUCAAGCUUGAUGUCCCGUCAAUCUUGAUCGGUACCCUCGUUCUCUUCUGGUUCUAUACUAGCCUGUUCCCUUCAGAGAACAAACAGGAUAUCACUUGGCAGGAGUUUAGGGCGGAUUUCCUCGAGAAGGGCUUGGUGGAGAAGCUAGUUGUAAUCAACAACAACCGAGUGCGAGUUUACCUGGAUCGGGAUGCGGCUGCCACCGUAUAUCCCGGCUCGCCUGCUCAGAACGGCAGCUUCUACUAUUUCUUCAGCAUCGGUUCUGUCGACAGCUUUGAACGGAAACUUGAUGCAGCGCAGGAGGAACUUGGUAUUCCAAGCACGGAGCGGAUUCCCGUCCAAUAUUCUGAGGAGGUUCCAUUAGCGGCUACACUUUUGUCUUUUGCUCCGACGGUCCUUCUUCUUGGCGGUCUCUUUUUCCUGUCGAGACGUGCAGGCGGCGGAGGUGGCCAGAGCGGUAUUUUCGGCAUUGGCAAAAGUCGGGCCAAACGGUUUAACCACGAGUCGGACAUCAAGAUCAAGUUUUCUGAUGUGGCUGGCAUGGACGAAGCGAAAGUGGAGAUCAUGGAGUUCGUUAGCUUUUUGAAGAACCCUAAAAAGUUUCAAAAGCUGGGAGCCAAGAUUCCUCGCGGUGCUAUUCUUUCGGGCCCUCCUGGUACAGGUAAGACCUUGCUUGCCAAGGCUACUGCUGGUGAAUCUGGUGUUCCUUUCUUCAGCGUCAGCGGCUCUGAAUUCGUUGAAAUGUUUGUUGGUGUCGGUCCUUCGCGUGUGCGCGACCUCUUUGCCAAUGCCCGUAAGAACACUCCCUGCAUCAUCUUCAUCGACGAGAUCGACGCCAUCGGCAAAUCACGUUCCAAGAACCAGAUGGGUGGUGGAAAUGAUGAGCGCGAGAGUACUUUGAACCAAAUUCUUACCGAAAUGGAUGGUUUCAACACUACUGAUCAAGUGGUCGUGUUGGCUGGUACGAACCGACCCGACAUUUUGGACAAGGCUUUGAUGCGUCCUGGUCGAUUCGACCGACAUAUUUCCAUCGACAGACCUACCAUGGAUGGUCGCAAGCAGAUUUUUGCCGUUUAUCUGAAGAAAAUCGUGACCAAUGAGGAUAUCGAAUACUUGAAAGGGCGACUUGCGGCCUUGACCCCUGGAUUUGCCGGUGCUGACAUCGCGAAUUGUGUGAACGAAGCGGCACUCGUUGCGGCCCGUGAAAAUGCGGAGAGCAUCACAAUGAAGCACUUCGAGCAGGCGAUCGAGCGUGUAAUUGGUGGCCUGGAAAAGAAAUCACUUGUACUCUCUCCUGAGGAGAAGCGCACAGUUGCAUACCAUGAGGCUGGACACGCUAUCUGUGGCUGGUACUUCCGUUGGGCCGAUCCUCUUCUCAAGGUUUCUAUCAUCCCCCGUGGUCAGGGAGCCUUGGGCUACGCCCAGUACUUACCUUCCAACGGUGAUACCUACUUGAUGAACGAGAAGCAGAUGAUGGACCGUAUGGCCAUGACGCUUGGUGGCCGUGUCAGCGAAGAACUGCACUUCGAUACCAUCACCACUGGCGCCAGUGACGAUUUCAACAAAGUAACUAGGAUGGCCACAGCCAUGGUGACCAAGUAUGGCAUGAGUCCUAGUCUUCGUUAUAUCUUCUACGAAGAGGACCCUCAAUCGCAGAUGCACAAGCCUUUUUCGGAAGAAACAGCGCGCAAUAUUGACAUGGAAGUCCGUUCAAUCAUCGCCAAGGCACACAAGCAAUGCCGCGACCUCCUUGAGGCUAAGAAGAAGGAAGUCGGCAUCGUGGCCGAAGAACUUCUGGCCAAAGAAGUCCUCAGCCGAGACGAUAUGAUUCGUCUUUUGGGCCCGCGGGAAUGGCCCGACUCAGGCGAGUUCGCCAAAUACUUCGAUGGUCGCUCCGGCGCCACGAUUGCUCCCCCCGAACCGACGCAGACGGACGACAGCGCCCAAGGAAAGGAUGGACGUGACUCAACACCACUCCCACCAUAGACCCAUCGCUAUCACUCCAUCUUCCGGUUCCUACCACAGGUUUUCUAUCUGGUUGUAACCGUUCGUCGCUUUUCUAUUUGUGUGUCUAUUUGGCGCAGGGAAUACUUUCAUGGCUGAUGAGGGGAACAUACAUCGCUUUUUAUUUUUCUUUCUAUUUCCUUCUCGAUUCCUUCCAUCUUGUUUAGGCCUUGUAUCUAUUUUUCUUGAUUUUCCAGUCACGGAGCAUCUCCUUUCAAUCUUCUUUAAAAUCGUUUUCUGGAGGGGGCUCAAUGCAUCCCACACUCCUUCAAAUCUACCUUUUCCCUCCUGUAUCAACAGUGGUCGGCCACGCCCAUAAAUACCAAGCUUCGUGCUUUCUUACCUCAAGCGCACGC